AUGUCAAAAAUUGUAGUAAUUGGAUCUUGCGGUGUUGAUUUUACUACAUAUGCACCAAGAUUGCCCAAACCAGGGGAGACACUCAUUGGUAACAAAUUUACAACAAGCUAUGGAGGCAAAGGUGCCAAUCAAUGUGUCGCAGCUGCUAAGUUGGGAGGGAAAACCUCCAUGAUAUGUAGGCUCGGAAAUGAUCAGUGGGGUGACAAAUACAGGGAUAAUUUGGAACAAGUUGGAGUAGAUACUACUCAUGUCAAAAUUACUCCAAAUGUAACAACAGGUAUUGCUCAAAUAUCAGUUGCAGAAAGUGGAGAAAACCAAAUUGUGAUUGUACCAGGAGCAAACAACUGUCUAAGUAAGGAAGAUGUUAAAAAUUCCGCUGAUUUGAUCACUAAUGCGGAAGUACUUAUUGGCCAGUUAGAGACUCCUUUCGAAACUACAUUAGAAGCUUUUAAACUGGGCAAAGGAAUAAAACUUCUGAAUGCAGCACCAGCAAGAUCAGACAUUACAGAAAUAUUGCCUUAUUGUUCUAUACUUUGUGUCAAUGAACCUGAAGCUUCUUUACUAACUAACACUGAAUUUGAUAUUAAAAAUGCAGUUGAUAUCCUGAAACAAUUACUUGAUACUGGAUGUGAAUCUGUGAUCAUUACUUUGGGACCUGAAGGAGCAGUUUACAUGUCCAAAAUUGAUCAGCAACCAAUACAUGUCUUCAGUGAGCGGGUCAAUGCCAUUGAUACUACAGGCGCUGGCGACGCAUUUGUGGGAGCAUUGGCAACAUAUUUAGUGACAUAUAAGGAUAAACCUAUGCAUCAAAUCAUAGGUGCUGCAUGUCAAGUGGCUACAAUGUCUGUCACCAAAGAGGGCACCCAAACGAGUUACCCGCGCAAAUUCGACGCCUUCAAAAAGGACUAUAAAUAUGCUCUAUUGUAA